CCAUACACACAUCAUAGCUAGCACAAUGAAUCAAAACCAAACACAAGAACAAAACAUAGUCCUACAAAAACAAGUUCAAAAUCUUAAAAAAAGCCUCCCUAAGGCAAAUUUCAUAGGUAGCACAAUCCUAAAAUAUCAGGGUUUUUGGUGCUCAGAGCAACAAAUCAAAAAUGUUAUAGCCUUCCAAACACAAUUCCAUGCUAGAGAUAGUGAUAUUUUUAUUGCAAGCAUCCCAAAAACUGGCUCAACUUGGUUAAAAUCCUUACUCUUUUCAAUUGUAAAUCGUACAACAAAACAUACACAAAAUCCAUUACUCGUAAAUCACCCUCAAGAGCUUGUUUAUAGUCUUGAAACCGAUGUAUAUGGUAACGCUUUUGCAUACCCUCGUCCACACCACCUUGACGAGCUACCCUCGCCAAGGCUUUUAAGCACUCAUUUGCCUUAUGCCUCACUUCCCGAAUCAAUCAAGGUAUCGAAUUGUCGAGUUUUGUAUAUUGCUCGAAAUCCUUUAGACACACUUGUGUCCUUGUAUUAUUUUUCUAUAGGGGUGAUGAAUAAGUACUUUUCUAAGGAUUUGAUCAAGAGGUUUAUAAGUAUGUUUUAUCCAAUUCCUAGUAUGGAUGAUUUCUUUGAAGCUUGUUGUGAGGAAAAAAUACCCUUUUGGCCUUUUUUUGAUCAUGUUAUUGGGUAUUGGAAGGCAAGUUUAGAGGAACCAAACAAGGUGUUGUUUGUUAAGUAUGAAGAUAUGAAGGAGGAUGCUACAUAUGAGUUAAAAAAGAUUGCUCAAUUUGUGGGUAUGCCCUUUACAACCCAAGAGGAAAAUGAAGGUGUAAUAGAAGAGAUUAUAGAGAUGUGUAGUAUUAAGAGUAUGAAGCAAUUGGAGGUUAAUAAGAAUGGUGUGAUCAAUGAGUUAUUUGAGAAAAAGAGCUAUUUUAGGAAAGGGGAAGUUGGAGAUUGGACUCAUCAUUUUACACCUCCUAUGAUAGAGAAGAUGAAGAAACUCAUGGAUGAAAAACUUCAAGGAACCGGUUUAUCUUUCAAAUUAUCUCCAUGAUCACGUGCGUUUCUUGUUUGUGUGAAGUUGCAGAUGAUGUUUGCUACCAAUUAGAGUAAUUAAAAGUAAUCUCUUUGUAAUAUAAGUAACAAGGGUAAAAUUGGAUACAUAUGACAUCUAAAAUUCUGUCUUAGUGGGGCAAUUUAAGUAAA